AUGAGGAGCAUGUUGUGUCGACUGGUGAGGUCGUUUGUCGUGCUGUUUGGUCCUGAUGCGAGAACGUAUUGGAGCGACGGGAACAAGAGCUUCCUUGUCAGUGGGCUGAGCAUCCAGAAAAGCCUCCACCAGAGAGAUGCAUCUUUCACUUCGGCUUUGGGAACUACAUCAAGAUCAACGUCCAAAACGGGAAUUGAGAAGACCUGGAAAAAUGUCGUUGCGCAGGAGAAGCAAGAAGUAAAGGAUAAUGCGCAGGAGCUCUUAGGGGGGACUGCCGGUGCUUCGAGUGACGACGCUUCGCUGAGUGCUGCCGCGGCAAGAGCCACAGAUGCAGCGCUCGUCGAAAUAAUCGAGGCAAACUCAAACGAACACCACCACCCUGUGAUCGUUACAAACGGCGACCCCCGUUACCGUCCUCGCACGAUAACGAGACCAGGACGAAGCCAAAACGAAGCCAAUCGGGCAGCUUUUACAAGGGCCCACCUCUGGCAACGCAAAACGCCGGCAAGUUUUCCCAUAGUGGUCGGCCGAGACGUUUACAGGGCCCCCAGCCUCUGGCGUUUCUGCUGCAAGUAAGCGGGGGCGCCAUUUGCGUUGUUCGCUCUGUGGGCUCGGGCGCAUCGCCUUAAGCAUAGGGAGAAGCCCGCCGGCGACGCAGCGUGCCGCCGGGCUCAAUUUUUGAGCCGCAUGGCACUACAGCAAACGCAAAAGGCCCUGGCUGUCGGCGUCGCAGCGCUUUGCGCUUCCCACAUGCCCAGGGGGCGCCGCUUUCGUCUUGCCUGCCUGUGGCUACUAUGCGAAGCCCCAGCGCCCCGCGCAGUGCCUGCUAUAUUCAAAUCGUUACGGCCGCACUUUGGCCCAGUAGAUAUUUGCACGCGGCCACCCCUUGCCGGCAUCGCCGGAAAACCGAAGCCAAAACGAGGCCAAAACGAAGCCAAAGGGCAAAAAAGCCGAGGCCAAAACGAAGCCAGAGCGAGGCCAAAACGAGGCCAAAACGAGGCCAGGCAACCGCGUUGCGUGUCUGGAAGGGGAACGCGAAAAGUUUUGGAUUUUUGUCGUCGCCCGGCUCGCGCUGCCGUGCCGCCGUGGAAGCGACACCAAAACGAGGCCCAGACGAGGCCAAAACGAGGCCCCGCGGCCUAAUUCUGGGCCUCAUCUUUCCGGCAAAAAGUUGCAAGGCUUGGCCGCAUUUUUUUCGGACGGCUUUGGCUUCGUUUUGGCCUGGUUUUGGCUUCGUUUUGGCCUGCGCCCUUUCGGACCGUUCUGGGCCAUUAUCUGCAGCAGGGGCAUGGGCCCAACUUCCGCAGCAGGCGCGAGGACUUUCUUAUUUUGGACAGCGAGCGGCGUCUAGGUGGGGGCACCCGGUAGACGAGCUCUGGCGUGGUCAUUGACUAGCGCGGGCACUAUCUUUCUGGUCGCAAUCCGAUGCGGCUCAAAAUUUGGGCCGCGUGGCAUGCUGCCCGCGAAUCGAUAGCCCCGUGGCCCAUGCCCCAGUAUGGGCAUCAAUAUGAAGAAAAUAAUUUAGACUCCGCGGGGCGCGCUAGUCAUUCUGAGGCAGUUGCAGGGACCACGCGCCGGCGGCAUGGAGUAGAGCUACACAGCCCCCGGCCGCGACGUUGUCGGCGCCCGCGCGAAUGCCAAAAAGCGACAGGCCUGGCCUCGUUUUGGCUUCGUCCGGGUCUCGUUCUCGGGUCUCGGCGGUAAUGGGCGCGCCGUUUGUAAGAUCGGCGCGGCCGCGAAUGGCGGGAAUUCGUCAAAUUCGUCAAAUGACACAAGGAACCACGCGGUGGACAGUGUCGCUAUGGGUUGUAUGUGGGCGAUUUUCCAGCUGCAGCUGCUAGCCGCGACUACUAGCGAAUAAAAGCUAGGUUGUUAGCAUGCGGAUUUUCCUAGUAUAGUACAGUUUAUGUUGUGAUAGUGAUGCAAAACAUGAAGAAACUGUUUCUUCAUGAUAACGAUCAAACAAACAGAAAGCCUACCAAGCCCAAAGUUACUCCAUAGUACACUUCUGCAUGCAGUUGCGUGGUGUGCUUUUGCAAUGACAAAACAUAAACACAGACAGUGGACGCGGAGCACUUUUGCAAAUCCGCAUAGCAGAAGGAGGCUUCGAUUUUUUGUUUGGGCUAGCAGCAGUUCGUUGCUCAAACCACUCACCUCCUCUCUCUUAUAGACGUCGAUAGGAGCGACAACGCAACAGACAAAGUGUUCAUGGCUGAAGGCGGGAUCCACUGCAAAUGUGUGAACGCAGGAUUUUCGUCUGCAGGUGGCCGAGACAAAUUCGUUGCGCCAACGUUUGAUGCCUACGAUCAGGGGUGGUUAAACGGAGGUGAUGACUUUUCCGAUACGGAAUACGGAGUGGGCUACGCGUACUUCCCUUUUUUUAAAAGUAGCGUCUCCGUCGGGCGGUUGAAAGUUGUCACUUUGGAAUGAGAAACAGUCUACAGGUCGUACAGGAUGUAGUAGUAGUAGUAGGACUACUUAAAGGCACGUAGAAUUAGAAAAAAGUAGAACUGGAAACAGAAGUGAGUGUUUCAAAAUCUUGAACCGAUUUGACCCGCCUGAUUUUCUUGGAGCACCCUGCAUGCGCGAUUUUGACAAAACUGAACGAAGAGCUUUCGUUGUUCAUCUCACAGGUCUGACUAUGGGGGCAUCUCAGACUACGGAGAGUAUUGCUUCGCCUGGGAAGAUAUCCUGUGCAAAAGUAUCGCACUCGUAUUGCAGUCAUGCUUUACAAAUCUCUUUCGUAAGGUGAAUCAGCAUUACAAAUUUCAUUUCUCAUGCUGAGUGGUGCAUUUGCAUACGAGUGCGAUAAUUUUCCAACUCAUAGAAGAUAUCCUUUGCAUACCGAUGGCGGUCGUACUCCUUUGGAGGAAUUCAGUUGCAGAAUCUGCAUCGUAGCAAAUCAGCACUGUAAAUGCUUAUCGUUAUCCUCUUACCUUUACAUUUACUAUACAACGGUGCGGUGUCUGAGUUGCGGAAAUCUGUGUAAUAUGCAACUUUCCUGCAGCGUGUAUACAACGCAUCACUACAGGUCAAGCAGAAGCACGGCAUCAAAAUAAAAGUAGAAGCUCGCUCCGCCUACUAUCGUGUGUACCCAGACUUGGCUUUGAUUUCUGGUGGACUUUGCAUUGCAAUAUACGCAUUUUUCCAUCGUGCGGCCGCCUACAAUAGUUUUGCAAUGCAGCGAGGAUGAGACCGUUGGUGGUAAAUCCGGGGACUUUCCUGAGUGCAAUCCAGUAGUGAUGACUAGCAGGAUAUCAAGAUGAAAACUGCCUCAGCCCAACAAGUUGAAGUUUCGAGAAGUGGUUGCUUUGCAAAUUGAGAAACUUGACACGCGGCAGAAACACCUUGUUUGUCUGCCGUAGCCGUGUGAGCAAAUUGCAACGCAGCAGUGGCGCUGCGAUGUGAAACAGUGCUGUAGUUCACAUUCUCAUACUCAUGAUCGACAAAAAGGCUUUCAGGGUGGGUCGUAAAUAUUUCCUAUGCCUGGGCUUGGGCUGGGGACUCUCGCCAUUUUGAUCCAAGACCGAGGUCGUUGAUACGUUCAACAUGUAUGCAUUGCAUAUAUGAUGUCUUGGUCUGGAAGGUUGCAACAUCGGAAGCUGUCUUUGGAUUCUAAAAAAAUAAAAAAAAAUCAAGAACAGCGCCCGUAUUGCAUGACCAGCAAGAGGCGUUCAGUUUGUGCUACGCGGGGAGCGCAUUUCUCACAGGCGGAAUAGGCAUCAGGAUGGAAGCCCUCGAAAAAUUUGUGAUGCUAGGGUGUGCGUCGUGGGUCAUGCAGAAUAUGCAUGACAAGGCUGGCAUCAAUCUCGCAGACCCAGACACGUUUGCAGUGGAUAACAUAACAAACGGACAUAAAAGUGUUUUUGGUCGUGGUGCAGCUUCUUUGACUUUGACAAUACACUGCAUCAGUACAGGAGAUGCACAAACAAAUUUUUAGAGUAUGAUUUACAUUUUUUUGAUGUUCGAAGUCGAGCACCUCCGUUUCAGGUCUGGUUCUGUCCUAGUCACAGGGACUGUGUCCAAUAAAGUGCCCGUGUUAACAUCAGAUGCUGGAGGCGCGCAUUUUUGUCGUAUUGUGCCAUCUAAAUAAGAAGAUGAACAAGAGCAGUCAGGACCAGGAGAUGCUCGGUUGAUAGAUGUUUUUCGCAUGGAACUAACAUUCACCACCACUAUCACGCAGUUGCAUCCGGCGAUGGCCUCACUUUUUGCUCAGGAUAGCAUCAGACGCAGUUUGACGAGUUUGGUAUAGCACGCUCAGGUGUUACAAUCUCAUUUUUUGUACUGUGAAUGUCGAUGGACAGGUUAACGGGUUUUGUCUUGCAUGAACAACAAACAGGACGUCGAACGCGCAAAGCCAAAGUUUUUCCUUUGUCUUUGUUAUGUAUAAUAAUGCUAAUUCCAGCGGGCGGCAGCGGCUCAGGUGUUGUUUAAGGACGAUUAAUAAUGCAGAACUCGCCACGCGCAUUCCGAUUUGGCAAGGAAUAUUUGAUAUUUCAGAGUAUGGUGCAGUUUUCAUUUUUUGGAUGGCACCAAAAAAACAAAAUUGAAAUUAAAAUUUCGGAAAAAUGGAAAUCGUAUCAGCUGAGAUUGUAAAAACUCCUGAGCGAGGUAUAUUUGGCGGGAACACGACGGUAACCGUCACGGUGACACAGGUGAUCACCGAGGAGAGGAAUACGGUAGAAGUGUCAGGCGGGAAGUCGACAGCAUGAAAUAAGUAGGAUUUGUUUCCAGGGCGUAAAAAAUUUAUUGCCAUCGCAAAAAGUUUGUGUAUGUAAAGUAAAAGCAAAUCUAUCUCUAUCUGUAUCCUCACCGAAUUCAAUUCAUUUGGAAGAGAAGGAAGCUCGGCCGGUUGCAGGUUUGCUUCGGCUCGGAGUAGGAGAGGAGGAUGCGCGAGACCUAGCAGAGCCUUGGCCUUGCUUCUUCCGCAGCACAUAGCACGAAAAUUCCUAGUGACUGUCCUUCAAACAACAUCUCCUACUUCUUAUAGUUUAAAAUCGGCUUGGAACAAGGUCAAGCUCAGCUUCAGACAAAUGCGCCAGCACAUCUAGGACCCACGGGCAAUAUAUAGCGACAUUUCGACGGUUGCGGCGCUGUUGUGCCUCUCUAGCACGUCGUGGAUCGUGAUACACCUGGGGGCUUCUAGGCUAGACUUGCUAUGACGUCCGGCCCGCCAGGCGUAAAGAGGCUUCUGCUGCUCCAGCUUUAUGACUCUCUGGGUGGGACCACAUGCCCCGGAUGUAUGGACGAAGAACGUUUCGCGCCGCCGCCCAUUCUGCUAUAAACUAUAUUUACAACCAUAACGGGGGGUCUAGUCACCGGCUCUAGAACUUUCUGCCCGCGGCCUUUCAAAAGAUGGAAAAGAAAGGUCGGCCAGACGGGCAACUGGGCGAGGCUCUUGGGAGCGCUCGCCAAUUGAAUUGCGCCAGCCAUUUGGCCUCUGCGGCGCCGGAGCCGCGCUGUUUCGUUAUGAUAUCUGUUGACCGAUAUAACGCGAGCGCACUGGCAUCGGUCACACGUGAAUCACAGGCGGACUCCUCCCGGCAGCUUUCUGAUUUAUUGCUAUCCUGAGCAGACGAGUCCCGCCGUGUUCCGCGAUAGGCUUUGACUUCGGCGCCGAAGCUGGUUGCUGUACCUUUUAGAUGCGAAGCAUACCUUUGUGGGUAACCUUUUGCAUGGCGGCACUGCGUAGAGGCAAAAACGCGAAGUCGGAAAAUGCUGCUUGAAGUCUUAGGCGAAACGCGAUGGCCCUAGCGAUUUUAAAAGUUUUCUUUCGGCCUUUUCCGCUACUCCUGGACAAUGAAAACUGACGCUACGACGCCACUGCUCGGGCCGCUCAUCUUUUGGGCCACGACCUAACAGUAACAAAGGCAAAAGAAAGCUUUUAAAAAAAUUUUGAAACCACGGAGCAGCAAAACACUAGCGGAACCCAACCGACUCCGCCGCCUGGAGCUUCCAAAAAGGCGGCCGGACUAAGAGCUUUGUCUUGAAUGCUCUUUUCGGGCCCAUUCUUUUCGGACUGGAAAAAGCUUGGACUUUUUGGCGUCCGCCAUAGUACCGCCGCGCCAAAGUCAGGGGCGCCCCAGCACCGAUGGCAUUGAUUCUGCUGCCGCCUCUUUGCGUUUUUUAUACUCUUCGGCGAGCGCUACUCUUUUCUUGCGAAAGCAAUCCGCCUUGGAAAGUGUCGGGGAUUGUAGUGUUGGGCCGGCCACCUCCUCUGCGUGCCAAGUUUCUGACCUGGGAGGUAACAAAGGCUCGCCCGCCGUUUCUGCUUAGCCGUUGCAGGUUUUCGCAACCCGAGCCGCGCCGGCGCCUCCCAUACCAUGAGCGAAAAGCUUGCAACACCCAGGAGCCGCGCCUGGCUCUGCUCCUGGGGAAAACUAGAAGAGAAAAAAAAGCAGCAAGGCGGCAGCACUGCCGUCGGUCACUCCUGAAUCGCCACGGUGUGCUGCCGUAGCGACCACCCCCGACACAAAUGGGUCCAAAACGUUCGCGGAUGGCGCCCGGCCCUGUAGGACAAAAGGCGGGCAAGUCUUGGCGGCUUCAUGUUGUUGGUUUUCUCUUGUUUCAAAAGUUUUUGAGAAGUUUCCGCGAAGUUCUGGCGGCUUAGUACAGAGCCCCCGUUAUGGUUGUAAUAUUUGUCGUGUGGCGGUGGCGGUGCUUCCGCUGAGAAACUUGGGGGCACUACACGCUAAAGAUUGUCCCACUUAUUGAGAUUGACGAUUUCCCAACGCCUGACGCUGUCAUAAGGAACAACACCGACCGGCCGGAAUGGUGUUCCAAAAAAUGGUGCUACAUUAAGGAGGUCACGACGCAGCUUGGGCAGGUCAAACUGUACCCGGAACAGCCGAAGUGCUCGAGUAUGCAAGCGGAAGGUGGAGCGAGCCUUUCAGCAACGACAAGGGGGCUUGGCUACUACUUUCUUGCAGUUUCAGCAAAAAGAUGGGGGCAAAAGUUUGCAUGUUUUUUUGUACCUUUUAUAAUAAAAUUUAUUUUGCUUUUGUUCGUCACCGAGCAAGCUGUGCGAGGCAGCGUCUAAUCUUGCAAGGGAGUGAACACGUACUAAAAGCAAAAUACUUGGAGAGACGAAAGAGCCGCGUGAAAACCUGGGCGGGCCCGCAGCUAACAGCGAGGUGCUCGGCCCCCAGGUUGCCUCCGGGCCUAUCGGCCGUGGUGUCGAGGCUUGGGGCCUUGGCCUGGGUUCCUAACACCUGUUCGUGGUUGGCCGCCACGAGCUCAGCUGGAAUCAGGCUCUCUUCCGGGCUUCUUUGUCCUUGGCUCUGCAUGGGGCGCUGCUGGCGUCGGAUCCGAUCUUUCACCUGUAGCCCCACGCCUGUGGCUCUGGCGAUCUUCAGCGGGCCGCGUGCGGCGCCGCAGCGAUCAUCCGGCCCGUUGCGACCCAUCUUCACUGCAAUGCAGCAAUUUUCGUCAACAACACACCCCUUCAACGAAAAUCGCAGCUUCACCUUAGACUUCCAUAGAAAAUUUUGAUGAUGUGACAGCGCGAGUUGAUGGCGAAUGGACACUCUACUUCUCCAGGAAAUAUUGCGAGACGGAAAGUCUGAAUGGCCACCACAACAAAACCCUCCACAAUCCAAAUAGAACAGACGUGGACUUUACAGAGAUGAAAAGUAUCUUCCCUCUACAUACGACGUCGUAUGCAUUGACAUUCUGCAAUUAUACCAUGCAAGAGCUGCAAGUCGUGCAUUUUCGUACAUAUAAUUCCCAUUCGUAUUUUUUUGAGUUAAUGGGUUCGAACACAACAACAUAGGUCCUUGUCCCACUGUGUUGUUGCGUUGAUGUGCCUCGACGUACAUGCCGCGAACACAGUUAUCAAGACGAGCUGGAGCAGUAGAUGAGCUUGAUGUCAUUUAUCUCACUGCAUCCUGCUCCUUUUUUUACUUUUAUCUUUCCUGAUGGAGGUUGAACAGAAUCGCAGUCACCGCGGUUGUGCUUCUGAAACAGAGAAGGUCGUGCGGUGUAGUCAGGGAAGACCUUUCUUGUCUAUGGGUGACCUGCACCGGCAAGACAACCUGACGUCAAUAUCCUGCAAAAAAGUAGCGCACCGAGACUUCAAACUUACCUUGCUACUGCUUGGUCUUGCGUUUUCCUUCUCACUAUUGUGGUUGUGGACCUGUGCGACUCAAAUCGAUCAAGCGCUUGCGUCUGUACCCUAGAUAUUAUAUAGAUACACAGUGUUCACUGUUGGUUCUUCAGAUCGUCCAUUGUCCUCCUUUUGCAUGACAAAAAAGCAGACUCCUGGCGCACAGGUGUUAUGAUGUAUGAGCAUGAGGCGCGCGUGCAGUCGGGUACGCAUGACGAAAAAAAUAACGCCUCUCUACUUUCUAACUCCGCUACAGAACGAACCAUGAUCGGGUUGAACAGUACCAGGGCGAGGGCCUUUUGGGUCCAGGAGGUGUAUCUUCUUCAUAUAUUUUGAAGAUCUGGGUGCCCUUUUCCACAUGAUGACCAAAUACCUCCACAAAUCAAGCAGAUGGAUAUGAUCGCGACAAAAGUUACCAGCACCAAGAAUGCAACUUUCUGCAUCCUCCUGCCCUCCAACCUACACGAUCACGUGCUCUCAAGAGGCACGACUUUGCGUUUAUUCCAUGAUUGAGGGUUCUAUGGAGAAUUCCGUCAGGCAAUCAACCGGCCAUCAGACCGGCAAUAAAUAGAGCACAGAUAUAAGCAUUAGAGCAGGGGGUGCUGGGCACCAUGUUGAUCUCGGGCGUAGGCGACGAAGAGAAACACAAAAGUCAACUAGAGGUAGAGAGUUAAUCUGUGUUCAGAAUGUCGGCAUCAACUUUUGUUUCCAUAGUGAGCCGACUUUUUUCGGGACAAGGCGAAAUGAGUCGAAGCCCCCAACAAGUUUUGUGCGGAAGCAACCAGUGGGGAUCAAUCGGAGAAGACGAGGCCUUCGCGAAAUUGAGGAAGAAGACGAGCACCUCAGCCACCUCGAACACACCGCGGACUCAGCAGAUGCAGCGUUUGGAUUCGUCCAACAAGCCGAACAAAAAUUGUAA